AAUCUGCUGAGGUUGUGUUCUCGCGCUGUUAGAAGUUUAGAACUACUGCUAUCAUGCCCCUCCAAAAGCUGUGCCAGCUAUGCGCGUUACUUCCACCAGGUGAUUCGGGUGAUGCGUCUUUGUGUAGCAGAGCUUGCGUGUAGUUGUCUGUCCGAAUCUGCUCCACUUGUAACUGGGUUAGGCGAAGCUCUGUUGCCCAAGAAAAAAAAUAGAUUAUCAAUGAACUAGGGAGUACAUGCAAGAAGAGGACAGAAGGAAAGUCAUUCAAGCGAAAUAGAAAACACACACAAGAAAAGCCAAGAACAUGGGAAUGGCAUAUACCUAGGACAUAGUGGUAAGGAUUGGAGACAAAGAAGAAGCUACCAUGCUCACCGGUGGAGCAGCAGGGUUUGCUUCUACCGCUUCUUCAUCCUCGUCCCUCUCCUCGUCCUCAUCCCCAUCCCCGUCCUCACUGCCAUCCGAGUCGUUCUCUCCCUCGAAGACCUCUAUUUCUCCAUCAUCGAGCCCAAAUUCAUCGUCAAGAUCAUAACGAAAAGAAGUUGUGGUCUAAGACGAUGAGGGUAAACGUCAAACAGAGGUUGAAACCGACUUACUGGGGUGUCCUGUGGGAUAAUCACAGGUGUCUGCGGGACUGGCAGGUCUGUAGUCCCUGGUUCAAACUGAGACGAAUUAGUAUACUGCAAGCUAGAAGAAGCGGAAGGCUACUGUACCAUGAACCUACGGGAAGGGAGGUAUGGCUGGUAGCGUGCAGCAUACGAAAAAUCGCAG